AUGACCUCGACACAGGAAACAAUUGCCACGCAGCAGGCCGAAAUCGUGGCCAAGCACACGGAGGAGCUAUGGAGGGUAAACCAAGAGAUUCACAGCCACCCAGAGCUGGCGUUUAAGGAAACGCACGCACACGACACAGUCUGCGGACUGCUUGAAUCCCUCGGCUACAGCGUCACCCGCCACGCCCACGGCCUCAAGACAUGGACGGCAUUCGAGGUCGAAGCCGGCUCCGAUGGCGGUGUCGUGGUGUACAACGCCGAGUACGAUGCCCUGCCGGGCAUCGGCCGCGCCUGCGGACACAACCUCAUCGCCACGUCGUCCAUCGCGGCGUUCCUGGCUACCGCAGAUGCCCUCAAGGCGAACAACAUCAGCGGCCGGGUGCGGCUCCUCGGCACCCCGGGGGAGGAGGAGGGCGGCGGCAAGGUCGCCCUGCUGAGCGCCGGAGCGUACCGAGGCGUCGACGCCUGUCUCAUGGGACACCCCGGGCCCCUCCUCGCUCCCGUCGACGGGGUCGUACACGUGCCGUUCAUGGCGGUCGUCGGGGUCACGGUCACGUUCAACGGCGUCAACGCCCACGCCGGCAACGCGCCUUGGCUGGGCAAGAACGCCCUCGACGCAGCCGUUGGCGCUUACAACAACAUCUCGAUGCUGAGGCAGCAAAUGUCCCCGGAGCAGAGGGUGCAUGCGGUGAUAACCCACGGCGGCGAUCGCGCCAAUGUCAUCCCUCACAGGACGGAGAUGAGGAUUCUGAUCCGCGCCUCGACAAACGCCGACUUGGAGGCAACGCGUCCGCGGAUCGCGUCGUGCAGCCAAGGGGCCGCAGAUGCUACGGGCUGUACCGUGGACUUGAGAUGGGACCAUCAUUACAAAGAUCUCCAAUGCAGCGGCCUCAUCGAGAGCGCCUUUGCGAAGAACGCCGCCAUGCAGGGCCGCACGUACAUGGCAAAGGCGCCCACCGGAAGCGGAGCCUCGACCGACCAGGGCAAUUACGAGAUUCCAAGCAUCCAUCCAAUCUUCCUCCUCGACGUAGAGGACCCUUCCAUCGGCCCGCACCACCGCAAGUUUGCCGCGACGGCGGGGACGAGAGCCUCGUUUGCGAUUGCUCUCGAGUUCGCAAAGGUCAUGGCGGCGACUGGGCUGGACAUCCUGCAGAGCGGCGCGUUGCGCGAGGAGCUAACGUCGGAGCUCGCAGCGGCGCGAAACGGGCGGACUUGA